AUGACGGUCAUGCAGAUUUGUUCCGCGACCGGCUGUGAUGUGAUAGGACUUCAGGAGACCCGACGAGAGGGGCAAGGUUCAAUUGCACACGACGGGUACGUGAUCAUCUGGAGUGGCGCCCGUGCUGGCACCAAGGACAAGAGGGGCGUACACGGUGUGGGCAUAGCGAUCAAGGAGGCCAUGUGGGAGAGUGUGGGCGAGGAAGGUAGGACGGUGGAGUGCAUUAGCCCGAGGCUGAUGAAGGUGCGUCUACAAAUUGGCCGCACCUGCGGAGUAACUUUCGUGGUGGGGUACGCCCCCACGGAAACUGUCCGCACCACCGCGGGCGGUGAUGUUAACGCCAAGGACUCCUUCUGGACUGCUCCCGACGCAGCGAUCCGGGAGGUUCACAGCCGUGACCAUCUCGUGGUGCUAAUGGACGCCAACGCACGCACUGGUAGGAGGCGAGACGGGUGCUGCGAUGCCAAGAUUAUGGGCGCGUACGGACGCGACAUUAUGAACAACAACGGGGAACGACUCCUUGGACUGGCAUCAGACAACCAACUCUCCCUGACCAGCACCUGCUUCCGGAAAUGUGGAGUGCAGCACACAUUCCAGAGCUCCAACAAGGGAAAGGAGAAGUACCGCCUCGACUUCAUCCUCAUGCGUCAGGCGGACCGGCGUUUCGUGCGCAAUGUCUCCGUCAAACGUGUCGACUUCAAAGACUCUGACCACAACCUCGUGCUUACGACUGUCCGCCUCCCCCCCCGUGUCGCACCCAACCGACGAGUGCGGGGGAACAGCGGAAGCAGCCGGAUCCGUAUCGACCUCGAGCGGUUGAGGAAGGACAAACACCUACGGGUCGCCUUCCAAAACAGGGCCUCCAGCCGCCCUCCGCCCACGGCGCUCAGGCGGCCAACGGGAGAGACCGCCGCCGAGCUGAUUGCUACGGUGAUGUCGGCCGCCGCUGAGACCGUGCCGCUGGCGAGGUGCGCACGAGGGCAUAGAGGCUGGUACACGAGCGAAGCGCAGCACGAGAUCUCCGAAGUGUCUCAGAAGAUUGAGGCGGCCCAGCAGCAACUGCGUGGGGCCUCAAGGAACAGCGCCCUCGAGGCGACCCUGAAGGCGAUGCUCAAGGCGGCGCGGAAGAAGCGCAGCAUCGCGAGGUGGAGAGCACUGGAAACGUUCUUCGAGGGCUGUCUACGGCAGCUCGAGAAGAAGAGCCGCGAGGGGGAUCAGGCGGGUUUCUACAGGCACCGGAAGAUGAUCGACGUCGAAGGUAAGAGGUCGUUCACCUCUCAGAACAUCAAGGACGAGGACGGCAAGGUCCUUCGGGACCCCACGUUUAUUCGCCAACGGUGGGCACGGUGGUUCCACAAGCUUCUCAACACCAAGUCGCCGACCAUCGACCUGCAUGCGGCUGACAAGGUCAAGCGGUGGUCCACGUGCGUGCCACUCGACGACAUCCCAUCUCUACUCGAGGUUUAGCAAGCGGUACGGGAAAUGGCCAACAGAAAGGCCGUCGGGCCGGACGACCUACCGGCUGAGUU